CCACAUGACCACCGUGUUCCUAAUGUAUUUAGCUAACUAACGUUAGCUAGCCUACGAGUGUGUUGGAAAUACGUUUAUUUUUAUUUUGUCGGUUUGAAGAAGUAACACUAAAGCAGGGGAUGCCAGAGCCGUCGGAGAUGAGUGGUCCCGAGGUAGUGAAGACGCCGGGGGGCGGGGCUCCGGGGAAGGAAGGCAAGGAGCCCAUAGCAAAUGGGCAUCCGGGAGAGGGCGAGCAGGGAGGAGACGAUCCCUUUGCUGAGUACAUGUGGAUGGAGAACGAGGAUGUUUACAACAGACAGGUUGAAGAGGAGUUGUUGGAGCAGGAGUUCUUGGAGCGUUGUUUCCAGGAGAUGUUGGACGAGGAGGACCAGGAUUGGUUCAUCCCGGCCAGGGACCUCCCCUCGGGGGUGGGUCAGAUCCAGCAGCAACUCAACGGCCUGUCAGUCAGCGACGGAGGAAACGCAGAGGAGAUGGCGAGGAAGAGCAACUUGAACCCCGAUGCGAAGGAGUUCGUUCCAGGAGUGAAAUACUAGGAGUCCCCCUCACCCCCAGGGAGCGCCCACACACACACACGCUUGCAGAGACUCUGGCGGCCUCGACCGGAACACACACACCGAACAACACACACAGGUCCAAGGCGUGUAGGUAGAAAUCCGUAAGAGGGUGGGGGGACGACGACGACGACUUCUUUUUAGUUUCUGUUUGUUUAAUGGUAAACUAAGGGACAGGUUGGGGGGAGGAGGGAGGGGUCAGUACGAACAGAACCCUAAGGAGGGAGCUGCUGCUCCAUUUACACUCUAGAGGCUGAGUCUCAAAUGGCACCCUAUACCCUAUGUAGUGCACUACUUUUGACCAGGGCCCAUGGGCUUGAGUCCAUAGGGAAUAGGGUGCCUUUUCGGACGCACACCGAGACGUACAUAUACAGAGAAAUGGGAAACUCUGUUUGAGAUUUUCCGACUUUUCAUGGUUGCCAUGUUGGCACCUAAAAGCUCCAUGAUAACGCAACAGGCGAAUCACAGAUGACACCCUGUUCCACCUUUAUAGUGCACUACCUGGUCCAAAGUAGUGCACUACAUAGGGAAUAGGGUGCCAUUUUGAGAUCGGCAUUUAUACUUUUCAUGGCUGCCAUGUUUGUGCCGGAAUGUUCCACAACAUUACCAUUCUAAUUGGAAUCCAACUAAGAAUGUUCUUAGUGCCAUGGAUGACAGACAGUUGUCCGUUCUAGAACUCUGUACAUCUACGUACCUCUGGUCACAAUAUGACAUCAUCAUUUCUCUGUUCUAUAGGUCGUUAUCAAUAAAAUGUCACAAUACGGUCCAAAGCGUUCGAUUUGCCUGCUGAGGGGGCAAGGAGAACCCCAGCUCCACUAAAACCAUUGACAACUGUGUGUCGUUUUCAAGGGAUUGUUAAAUAAAUGCUAACUAUUUGGUUGUAAUAUCAUCACCUCUUGAAGCACAUAGUCAAAACUACAAAGGUCAGAUUAUUCCAUAUUUAGCUCUAUCAUCAGUUAUACAGUAACUGCAUGCUUUUCAUGAUCAGUAAACAUCAAUUGAUCAUGGAAUUUCAGAUACGUGAGGGUAGCCUUCACGAUAUCUCUCAAUAUUGACCACCAUUGAUUGGAUAUUUGAGUGAUAGAAAAGUGACCUAUACCUGACAAGGACGAGUGGUUCAGGUGAAUUUCCCAUCCUUUGUGGGCUCUGCUUGUCAAGCAGCAGAAGGGCGCAUUUGCAGAUGUACUGUUAGCUGAUAAUGCAAGCUACCGGUAGAAACUUUGUACAGUUGGCUAAACAUAUAGUGGUAAGUAGACCUAAUGUACUUUUUCUCUCCAACCAACUUAGGCCUACAGCGAAGUUAGCUAGCAUUAUCCCCUCUACAACAGUGUUUUAAUCACUAUUUCUGCUGAAAGACGUGAUAGAGGCAACAUUGAUUGAUGUACCACGUCAAUGUGGCUAGCUAACGACAGAUCACGUCUAUGUGGCUAGCUAACGACAGAUCACGUCUAUGUGGCUAGCUAACGACAGAUCACGUCAAUGUAGCUAGCUAACGACAGAUCACGUCAAUGUGGCUAGCUAACGACAGAUCACGUCAAUGUGGCUAGCUAACGACAGAUCACGUCAAUGUGGCUAGCUAACA